AUGAAAGCCCUGAGAAUGGGAGGCUUCUGGGCGGACCGGACCGCUCUGCACGAGGCAGCGUCCCACGGCAGGGCCCUGCAGCUGAAACAGCUGAUAGAAAGUGGGGCAGCGGUCAACAUGGUGACAGUGGACAACAUCACUCCUCUCCACGAGGCCUGCAUCCAGGGUCAUCCAAACUGUGCCCGGCUGCUGCUGGAGGCUGGAGCCCAGGUGGACGUACGGACCGUUCACGGGAGCACUCCUCUGUGUAACGCCUGCACUUCCGGCAGCCUGAAGUGUGCCCAGCUGCUUUUGCAAUACGGAGCCAAAGUGAACCCACGUCCACUGUAUGAAGUCCACUUUGGUCCACCACUCCACAUCGCAUGUGCUAAAGGACACGUGGACUGUGUCAAGGAGCUGCUUAAUGCAGGUGCCAAUCUGAACUCAGUUAAGUUCCACGAGGUAGCCUUGCACCAUACAGCACGAGUCGACAUGGUGGAUAUGAUCGAGCUUUUGAUGGAGUUUGGAGCCAACGUGUACGCCAGCGACAACCGAAGAAAGCCUGUAGACUACACAACACCUGCAUCUCCGGCUUACACCUGCCUCAUGUUUUAUAAAAGUAAUCCUCUGAGUCUACAGCAGCUUUGUAGAAUCACUGUGAGGAUGAGGCUGGGUACCAGAGCCUCAGAGGUCAUAGGUCAGCUGGACACAUCCCACCGCAUCCACAGCUACCUCCAGUACUGUGAUCACCCUGCAUCGCUACAGAAUCAUGAAAUAAUCAAUUCGCGGUUGUUUACAAACACCUCGUGUCUGUCCGUCUGCUUAAACGUUGUUAAUUUCGCCGGGAGAAACAAAUACAGGAUGGAAAUUGAAAACGCUCGUCCAUAUUUCUUUGGAGACAUCGGCUGCUGGUCGGAGAGAACAGAGGUACACAAGGCGGCGUCGCUCGGCCACACUUCACAGCUGGAGCACCUCAUCCGAAGCGGAGCCUCGGUCAACAUCGUGGCGGUGGACUCCAUCACAGCGCUGCACGAGGCCUGCCUCCGCGGACAGGCCCAGUGUGUCCGGCUGCUGCUGGACGCUGGAGCCCAGGUGGAUGCGAGGAACGUAGACGGGAGCACCCCGCUGUGCGAUGCCUGUUCGGCAGGCAGUCUGGAGUGUGUCAGGCUCUUGCUGGAUCACGGCGCCAAGGCCGACCCUGCCCUCACCUCCCGCACGGCCUCGCCCCUCCACGAGGCCUGCAUGGGAGGAAACUCGGACUGCGUGAAGCUCCUGAUUGCCACGGGUGCUUGUCUGGAGGCGUACGACCUUUACUACGGGACCCCGCUACAUGUGGCUUGUGCCAACGAACACACGGACUGUGUGAAAGAGCUGCUCAAUGCAGGCGCUAAGGUGAAUGCUGCCCGGCUACACGAGACUCCGCUGCACCACGCUGCUAAAAACAUGCAGGUUGAGAUGGUGGAGACGCUGGUGGAGUUCGGGGCCAACGUCCACGCCAGGGACCAGCACAACAAGAGACCCGUCGAUUACACCACGCCCGGCUCUCCUUCUGCCACCUGCCUACAGUUUUAUGAGACCAACCCCAUGAAUCUGCAGCAGCUCAGCAGAUUGGCAGUGAGGACGAAGUUGGGCACCAGAGCUGUGAAGGUCAUAGGUCAACUGGAAAUACCGAAGCUCAUCAUGGGCUACCUCUGCCAUCAGUGAGUGUCCCAGGGGGGGAAGGACGAGUCGGACGAUGUUCACAGAAAACCUGAAACCUCAAAGAGCUGCAGCACGCUUCUGAAGGAAAAGAAACACAGCGAAGGUGCCAGUGUGUUAGAUAUGAUAAUAGUAGACUCACAGUUUAGGCACAAUUCUUCUUUUUAUCAAGUUUUGCAAGUAAAAUAUUCGAAAGUGGGGCAGAGACAGAGAGGAGUAUCCUAGCUCCUCUGUUGGAGUUGUUUCAUUGUGUUCACACUCACGCCAACGAUUGGAUUUUACUACAAGAAAUUUUGAAGCGGUAAUGAAACAGUCUCAAUUUAAUUCGACCAGGAAAUGAUAACCUUAAAGUAGAAAUCCAGACUGUCUCCUCAACGGCAGCAUCUUGAGGGAAAAGCCGCCCUCACCGCUACUCCCUUUGCUUUCUUUCACUGUCAACGAUCACAGUCACUAGCUCAGGUAAUGUAAGCACGCUGCGUGAAGGUGAUUGUUUUAGUUUAUUUUCAGUUCGCAAUGUUGUUGCCAAUGGAAGCACCAGUGUGUAACCUUACCCGGGGACAGUAUGGAUGUUUAGAAGUGGGGUUGUGUGAGGUGCUUCUCCAUAGUCAGCGUAAUAACUAGUAGAUGGAGUUUGGAGAAACAGACGGGAGCAAAGCAAUGUACUCGUGUGGACGUGUUUUAGACACAUGAAAAAAUGUAUAUCAGUUGAAGUGUCCGAUAUAUUUAGAAUAUGUUCACCUCUUUACCUUGCUGUCAGACAGACCUUUGUGACGGGGAGCUGAAGUCGUUAUCUGUGCUCUCUUCAAAGACACCAACAGUCAUUUCACCUCUCAGAACACAGCGGCCUCCAUCGGUUAGUUAGUUUGUGUCAUUGUGUGACUUCAGUGUUUUAAAGGGUUCGUGUUGGAUUCACCAAAGUCACACUGGUACUCCUGUCUUUCCCAUUUCUAUACACUGGCUAUGGAGAAGUGCUUCAUACCAUCACACUUCUAAAGAUCCAAAAUAUCCAUUAAGCUAUAAAAGUCUUAAAUAGCAUUUCAGGUUUGCUUUAGAUAGAAGAGAAGAGUGUCCCUCUAAUAGAAGAGAGGUUUUUAUUUGAAUUAGAGAACAGCUUUCAGAGCUCAGGUGGAGGAAGUAGUUUUUAGGAACUGAGGCAACAUCAUUUGCCCAAUUAAAGGUUGCUGGAUGGAAUCCUGGAUUUGCCGGGAAAAUGCACGCAUGUCACUAAACCUGCCGGCUUACCAUAAAUGCUGAGUAGCGGCCAAAAUGUGAAAUGACCGAGACGUUGUAUACAUGCUCGGUCAACAGAAGGCUGUCUCAUUUAAAAAUGUAACACCCAGUUUGCAUACCGAGGAGUGUUGCUGUCACAGCAGCACUCGUGACUCUCCAGAUGCUGCUUCGCUCCUGCUCAGAUUCCCGUGAUUCACAACCUCAGCGAUGGCCUUUGUUUCAUCCAGUUUUGAGGAGACUAUUUAUAGCUCCAUGUCUGUUGCUCCACUAAAGCUGCUCAUAGAGGCGACCCAGAGAGCUCAGUGAGGUCUUAGUAUUUUUAGAAGGAGUUGCAGGAAGUUGUUCCACAAAGUGCUUUGGAGUGCUUCAUCGGCUCUCUUCUGCGUUGACACGGCCUGUUUUGGUGUCUUAUCCACAGAGGUUGAAACCGGCCAGUUUAUUACGCAGCCUAAACUCUAAUCACUGCUACUUUUGAGCAUGAGCACCAGAGACUUCCACCAGCUGAUAAUGAAACAAGUAAUUUCUCAAAACAAUUUAGAGAACAGAAUUAUAAUAAUAAACUUAAUUAUCAACCUGAUUAAUAAAAAUAGCAUGCACUGUAGCUAUAACAUGUUGGAUAACUGAAGGUGUUAGUUAUCACCCUAACAGCAUGUUAGAUUAACACUAAAUGAAAACACUGCAGGUAUGAUGACCGUGAUACCGUUUCUUGUUCCCUUUGUUCCCCUUCAGUAUGAAGAAUAAAACACCACAUGCAGUUCACUGAGUUCACCCUUCAGGACUUUUUGGGGUGUUUUCAAACCUCUUGCUUCCAUAUGGAGCUACCAGGGGCACAGUAACCUUGCCUAGCUUUGAAGAGGCUGAUCUGUCAGUCUUCAUGGAGAACUGCAGCUGCAUGUUUACCGUUUUCUGACAGAUCUCUACUAAGCAUUCGAAAGCAAUAUCUCACGCUCUCGGCCGUCAUCCAAACCUGUCGUAUCACCCCCUUCUCUCCAAACGUGCCCGGGCUGCACGAUGCUGGCUGCAGCUACUCCAUAAAUAUGCUGAACCGUUAGUUUGUUUAACCAAAAAUGAAAAUUCCUAGAAACCGAUCUUCCAUCAUCACAAGAAAUGUUGACUAGUUUCCAUGCUACAGAGACGCAGUCUGGUUCAUCAUUAUCUUAGCCUGUAAAUAAUAUGGAAGCACAGAUCUCUCCUUCCUCCCGUGGAGCAUUCCCUUUAGGACUUAUAGUAUCUGACACUGAUACAGGUUGGGUUUCUACUUGCGGCUCCUCGACAGCAGAAGGGACUAGAAAAUAAGCAGAGGCAAGCAGGGCAGGCAUGCAGGGGACGUCCAGCUAUCUAAGAUGAGGAAUGGUCCAUAUUCCAAAAUAGGAAUGUUCAACUUCAGGUUAGUUGGCGAUGUCCGUUCUCUCGGUUUAAGUGUUGUCAUAUUAAAGUAAAUAAAGUCCGGUUUAAUCUGCUCCGAUGUUGAAAACACUCUGAUUCAUCUGUUUAAGGUGCUAAGAAAAACAAACUGAGGAAUGAUCCCAACAAUGUGUCAUCAAUAUUUAUCGAAUUAAGCUGUACAGAAGUGUUGCUCUGAAUAUGUUGAUUUAUUGAAUAAAUUGUGCUGUCCUCAUGCCUUUGAAUGAAUCCGGCUUUCAUACAUGUACUGUAUGCUGGACUGUCUGCUGCCAACUGAUUCUUGUCAACACAAAUCCCAGAACAGUACGUGAUGGAUGUUUCAUCCUGACAGCACAUCUUCUCCCUGUACAGCAGGGCAGCAGCCGCACGGAGGAGAGACGCAGUGUGGGAAAGCAGCGCUAGAACCAUCUAACUCAGUGAAUUAAGGAUUCAGUUCAACCAAACAAGAGUUGUGUAUUGUUGGAACAAUGGAAAGACGAACGUUUUGGGGAGUUUUAUUUAGUUUCUGUCCAGUUUGAAUAAAGUGUGUUUAACAAGGCAA